AUGUUUGCUAAGGAAAGAAUUUUCUUUCAACAAAAUAUCCACAAAUUGAUUCAACAAAAUAUAAAAAUUGAAUUUUUAAAAUUAAAUAAUUCACAAAAAGAAGAAAAAAAUGUUGAUAAAUUAUUGAAGGAUUUUGAAGAAAAAAUAAUUAAUUUAUUUAAAAAAUACAAUGAAGAAUGGAAGAAGAAUAUUAAAUUAGAGAUUGAUGAGAAAAUAGAUCAACAAAAUCAAAUUUUUAAUGAUCAAUAUACACAACUUAGAGAGGAAAUUAAAUAUUUAAAAAAAGUUCAAGAAGAAUUCUAUGACAAAUUAAAUAAUAAAGAAGAAAAAGAAAUUGUUAAAAUAAUUGAAAAUAAACAAACAAUUAAAGAAUUAGAUGAAAGUUCAUUAAUUGAAAAAGUUCGGUAUUUAAUUAAAAAAGAAAUUCGUUUAUAUGAAGCUGAUCACACUGGAAUGCCCGAUUAUGCUUUGGAAAGUUCUGGCGGGUCUGUAUUAAGUACUCGUUGCACUGUUCAAUAUAAUGAAAAAUCUAGAACUCAAAAACUUUUUGGGAUUCCACUUUGGUAUACAAGUUAUAGUCCAAGGACUGUUAUUCAAAGAAAAGGUUAUGGAGCCUCUGCUGGUGAGUGUUGGGCAUUUUAUGGAGGUCAUGGAUUUUUAACUAUUGGUUUAUCUGGUCGGAUUAAUGUUACAGCUGUUUCAUAUGAACAUUUGCCAAUUGAAUUAUCACCUGAUGGAAAUAUUAGAACAGCCCCUAAGAAUUUUCUUGUUUGGAGUUAUCAAGAUAUGGAUAAUAUGCUCUCUCGUACGUUACUAGGCAAUUUUACUUAUGACGCGCAGGGUGAACCUUUACAAAUAUUUCAUGUCCAACAUUGGGAUUCUCGUUUAACAAAUAUUAUUGAAUUAGAAACUCUGACAAAUUGGGGUUCCUAUUUGACAUGUCUUUACCGAUUUAGAGUACAUGGAGACGCAUUAAAGAUAAUUCCUGAUAUUUCUGAAGAAACUGAUGAUGCGAAGGCCAAACGUUUAUUUUCGAACAAUCCAGUUAAAUUAGAUGAAGGGGAUUUAUAA